AUGCCUGACCCGUUCGUGUCCAUCCUGCGCUUCUUCUACCUCUACGGCCGAGCUGUGGGAGUGAUGAACUUCGAGGUGGACUGGCGGACAGGAGAGGCGAAGGCCACCCGGCGGGCCACGAUCCUGGCAGCCGUCCACAACGUUGGAGUGACGCUUCUCCUAUUUUACCUUAACAUCCGCAGCGGGUCUGUGCGAUCGUCCUGGAUCGAAGCCCGGCUCAUGCACGAGUACUUCUUCCUGCUGAUGACCGUAGUCCGAACCCUGGCCGUUCUCCUGGCUCUUGCCAGCAGGUGGCGGCAGCGCCCCAGGAUUCUUAGGCUCUGGAAAAGGGUUAUUCAAAUGAUCCGCGCCAGGCCUGAGGUCGUGCGACUGAAUCGAAGGAGCAUCAUGAUCAAGUUUGUUUUGGGCGUCAUGGCCGACUCGCUGCACUCCAUUCUGGACCACAGUGCCCAGCGUAAAAAGAUCGCCUCCGACAUGUUACUGAAUCUCCUCGUCUUGUACGCCUACACCACAAUGUUCAACGUCAUCGUGGGGCAGUAUUACCUGGCAAUUCUCCAGAUCCACGCCCACUACCUUGUUCUACAAAAGGACCUGAAGAUCCUGAUGCAGGAAGCCGAAUCGGUUUGCCAGAUUCGCAACCGUCGAGGCGGUGUGUUCGCCACAAAGUGUUGCUUCCUCGCCGACCAAGUGGAUGAGUUGGCCGAAAGACACUCGAAACUAGACGCUACCCGCCAGGAUAUGUCGGAGAUUUUGCAGAUCCAGAGCUUCAGCAUGACCCUGGUCUACUAUCUCUCCACGAUGGCCACCAUAUACUACUCUUUCUGUUCUAUUUAUUACAAGAACACUGACUUGAGUUCAUCGUACUGGGGCCUGCUUUUGCUGCUUGCCUUCUCAGUCUUUUAUUAUUUGGAUUGUUUCAUCACCAUUAACGUUUCCUUUGUGAUCGACGAUCAGUGCCAGGAAAUGAUCACAAUGCUGGCAGGUCGUGCAGUGUUCAGUAAGCCGUUGGAUCAACGCCUGGAGACAGCAUUUGAGAGCUUGCAGCUGCAGUUGGCGCAGAAAAUCCCGGAGUUCUACGUUCUGGGACUCUUCAAAAUGGAGCGUUCUCGACUAAUGGCGAUGGGAAACUCAGUCAUCACAUACUCCAUACUUCUAAUACAGUGGGAACUGCAGAAUAAAUAA